CAAGCAUCUGCAAGUUCGUUGUCGUGAUCCAGAAAAGGAGAACGUGAUGGAGUUCUCGAUUUUUUUGCUGGUCUGGACAUUGAUUUUGGCCUGGGUUGGGAGGGGAGUUGUGAGGGUGGUGUGUAAUAUUUUCUUCCACCCGCUGAGGAAGUUUCCUGGACCGAAUUGGGCGAAAGCGACGGAGUGGUGGAAGACAUACAUCGAAGUCGUGAAGCAGGAGUCUAUGACUGAUGUUUUGGUGAGGCUACAUAAACAAUAUGGAGAUGUGGUGAGGGUUGGACCCAAUGAGCUUCACUUUGCCAAUCCAGCGGCGUACAAUGAGAUCUACAGCACCUCCGCCCGCUGGGACAAAGAAAGGAUCCUUUACGAAGCAUUUGGGGAAGACCAUUCCUCCUUCGGCCUCCUCUCCUAUGCGGAGUCAAAGCAGCGAAAAGAUGUUCUACAACCACUGUUCUCACGCCGAGCAAUACUCAACAUGCAAUCUCUCGUCCGAGAAAACAUGGACCACCUGGCCUCAGUCCUGAUUAACAACAACACAGCCGGAAAAUCCUCCGACCUCCUCUUCGCCUUCCGUUGCUACGCAAUCGACACCAUCACCAACUUCUGUUUCUCCAAAAGCGUCCACGCUCUCGACGAGCCGGAAUUCGCAGCCCCCAUCGUCGUCGCAAUGGACGCUUCCCUUCCCACCUUCCACCUCUUCAAGCACUUCCCUCUCUUCAGAAAAACGAUCUUGGGACUUCCUCCAUGGCUAGCGAUCAAGGCUUCGCCUGAGACGGCGGGGUUGACGAAUCUGCAGGUUAUUCUUGGGGAGCAGGUUCGGGAGGUGAGUAGCAACCCGGAGAAAUUGAAGGAUACGAGGUAUCCGACGAUUUAUCAUCGAUUGCUGGAUAAGGAUGCGCAUAAGGGCAAUCCAGUUCCGGAUUUUACUGCGUUGUAUGAAGAGGCGCAGACCAUGAUGUUUGCGGGUGGUGUCACGGUUGGUGAUGCGUUGAUGACUGGGCACUUCCAUGUUCUGGACCAGCCAGAAUUGUACAAGAAGCUUCAAGCGGAGGUAAGGACUGUGUGGCCUGAUAUCAACAGUCCUCCUUCCUUCGAGGCAUUUGAAGGUCUGCCGCUCUUGACGGCAACGAUAAAGGAAACACUCAGAAUGUCACCUGGAGCUUGUUCGCCGCUCCUCCGCGUCGUUCCUCCCUCCGGCGCCACGGUCUCGGGAAAAUCCAUCCCAGGCGGCACAAUCGUAGGGAUUACUAGUGUCCUGGUCCAUCAAUCGCCCUCCAUUUUCCCAGUCCCAGAGAAGUUCAAUCCAGGUAGAUGGCUAGGCGAUGAUGCGAAAGGCCUUGAGCAAUGGCUUGUCGCGUUCAGCAAAGGACCAAGAAGUUGUUUGGGGAUCAAUUUGGCUUGGUGUGAAUUGUAUAUUGCGUUUGCGACGAUGCUGAGGAGGUUUGAGAUGAGGCUGGAUGGAACCAAGAGGGAGGAUUUGGUGUGGAGGGAUUGCUUUACGCCGUACUUUUCUGGGAGACAUUUAAGGGUUUGGUGUGUGCCGGUUGAUGAGUGAUCGGUGCUUUGCCUGAGAAUUUUGGAAUCCACAUGUUCCAGUACCUCGAAUAUUCUGCUGGAGGGAGGCGGAAGAAGAGAAUGAGUGAAGAUUGAAACCCAUGGACUGCAGUUGAUACCCCCCAAAUCCUCACUGUGAAUGAGUGACACUUCAUCUAAACUUGAGAACUCGUCGUUGUGAAGCUGUUCCAGAGCCGUUAUGUUGUACUCAAGGGUUGAGAAGUCAUCAGGCAUCAAGCAACGAAGUCGCAAUUUGCAAGCUCGAGCACGGCAAGGAAACUGGAAGUGCAGCAUACUUAAAGAGGGAAAAUAUGCGAAAGCAUGUGUUCACAUGGAGACACCACUUUUCGGAUCAGAAGCUUGGGGAAAUUGCCAAGGUUGAGUGACUGACUCACGCGGCGUGUUAGAGCCAGCUAAGCGUGGAGGGGUCUGGGGGCCCAACAGUUUGUUGUAUAAAUAUCAUCGAC